UCUAGGAAGUAAAUUCUCGACCCGGGGCAGGAACGCGGUGGACACGUCAGAUUCCUCCACUUCUCUGAUAGAACUGUGAUUUCAAGGAAGUACUUAUUUCUCCCACGAAAUGCGUGUGAGCUCCUGGGAGGAGAUUUGAAACGGAGAGAGAAACAGUUUCCUGUCUCACCUUUUUCCUCUGGAGGCUCAGGUGAGGGAAGUUUUUCUCUGACUUGGUUUCACUGGAGCUGCAGGAACUCGUCUCCUCUCUCCUUCGCUGUCGUUGGGACUUUUCCAGCUCUUCAACAUGAAAUUAGCGGUUUGUGGAAGCUGCAGAGAGAUGUCACAGUGAGUUAUGCUGAAGCCUGCGUCCGUGUAUCAGGAUGAGCACUACAGACGGAGCCGGGGCCCCUGAGCAGGACGGAAGGGCCGUGGUCGUGCAGAUCUACCCCCGGGUGUCCCAGGAAACGGCCGUCUACUGUCCCCUGCAGGUGAGCGGCAGCGACAAUGCCAGGUCCGUCAUCCACAACGCUAUCGUCACCCUGGGCCUGGACUCCAGCCAGAGGUACUCCCUGCUGGAGGUCAGGGAGAGGGAUGGAGAAGAGAUGCCUCUGGAAGAGGGCGAAUUUCCUCUGGAGCGAGUCCUGCUGUGGCCAGCGCAGGCACAGAGGUGGCAUCCUCGGGGCCAGGGCCACUACUUCAUCCUGCAGCAGCAGGCAGUCGCCAUCGGAGGCGACCAAGAGAGCAGCACCGAGGACUAUGAUGACCUCUGCAACCUCCCAGCUGUGACUGACCAGAGUAUUCUGGAGGCCUUACGCCAACGCUUCUACAAGUUCAAAAUCUACACCUACGCCAGCAACAUCCUCAUCGCCAUCAAUCCCAAUAAGCUGCUUCCUGUUUACUACAACCCCAAGUAUAUCAAGAAGUACGAGAAGCAGCCACUGGGCAAACUAAGCCCUCAUAUAUUUGCGGUAGCAGACGUGGCCUUCCGCACCAUGCUGAGCCGGCAGGUCAACCAGUGCAUCGUCAUAUCUGGAGCAAUCGGCUCAGGGAAGACGGAGAGCAGCAGUUACCUCAUCCACUGCCUGACCGCGCUGGGCCAGAAGACCUACUCCACCGGGCUGGAGCGGACCAUCCUUGGGGCGGGACCGCUGCUGGAGGCUUUUGGCAACGCCAGGACUUCAGAGAAUAACAACUCCAGUCGCUUCGGGAAGUUCAUCCAGCUCCAGUACCUGGAGAGCGGUGUCAUCAGAGGGGCAGUUAUUGAGAAGUACCUACUUGAAAGGAGCCGCCUGGUGUCCAGAGAUAAGACGGAGAGGAACUACCACGUGUUCUACUAUCUGCUGGUGGGAGCGUCCAAAGACGAGCAGGAGGAGUUUCACCUGCUGAAGCCGCAGGAUUAUCUAUACCUCAAGCAGGUCUUCCUCAGUCUUAUAGAUGAUGAGGAGAAACUGGGGCAGGAGUACAAACGGCUCCAUCAGGCCAUGGAAAUGGUCGGCUUCCUGGCCUCCACCAAGAAACAAAUAUUUUCCACGCUCUCUGCCAUCCUCCACCUGGGCAAUGUGACGUACGCCCUGUCAGAGGACACUCAGGUCCUGGAGGUUGGAUCUGCUGAGGUCCUGUCGACACUGUCUGAGCUGCUCAAGGUGAAAGAAGAGAUGCUGGUGAAGACUUUGACCAAGAGGAGAGUCGUGACCACCAACGCCACCAUAAACUAUCCGUACACACUAGAAGAGGCCUCCAAAAUGCGGGACUCCAUGGCCAAGUCUCUGUACAGCGCUCUGUUUGACUGGAUCGUCCUUCACAUCAACCUGGCGAUGCUCAACAGACGGGACAUGGAGGACUCCGUCUCUUGUUUGUCCAUCGGUGUGUUGGACAUGUUUGGAUUCGAGAACCUCCACACAAACGGUUUUGAGCAGCUGUGCAUCAACUACACGAAUGAAAAGCUGCAGCAUUACAUCAACCAGAACAUCUUCAAGCUUAAGCAAGAGGAUUAUGUGUCGGAGGGCCUCACUUGGCAGAACAUUGAAUACAGCGACAACAGUGGCUGCAUCAAACUGAUCAGCCAGAAAUCAACUGGAAUCUUCGACCUGCUGCAGAACGAGGACGACCCCCCCGAGGCCACAGAUGAAACCCUGAUGCACCAGCUGAAGCAGCAGCAUCACAACAACCCCCUUUUUGUACCUUCUCCGAACACAAAGCUGACUUUUGCCAUCCGACACUUUGCUGGGACUGUUGAAUAUCACAUCCAGGACUUCAGAGAGAGGAACUCGGAGCACAUGCGUCCUGAAGUCGUGUCUCUGCUACGCAGCAGCGAGCGGUCCUUCCUGCAUCAGCUGGUUGCUUCCAGCCCAGAGGCGCUGUUCAGAUGGGGCGUCCUCCGAGCCACCAUCCGAAUCCUCUCCGUGUUCAAAAACCUGGGACGCCAGCGGGCAGACAAGAGCGUCAGACGGACCUCCCGCAAAUCCCUCAAAGAAAUCAGACAGCGCAACAGUAACAAGGACCGACUCUCCAGCCACAGCAUCACUCUGGACUUCUCCUUCGAUCGCUCUGACGAACAUCCCCUCGAUGUAUUCGAAGACAUCUUCAUCAGUUAUGAAAUGAGAAAGCGGAGGAGCAAAGGAGGUCGACAGAAACAGCUCAUUCCAAAGAAACUCAUGGAUUUUCGGUCACUCCAACAUAUUGUUGGUCUCACUGCGCACGACCGAACAAGCAAAUCCGUCUUCCACCCUCACAGGAGAGUGAUGCCUCUCACAGUCAGUUCUCAGCUGCAGGCUUCACUCAAAAAGCUGAUGGAGACGAUUGAAAAAGCUGAGCCUUUUUUCAUUUUCUGUCUUCGCUCCAACACUGAAAAGAAAGAGCUGCACUUUGACGAAGAACUCGUGCUGAAGCAAAUCCGGUACACAGACAUGCUGCAGAUGGUUCACAUCCAGAAGUCUGGCUACAGUGCUAGAUACACAUUCAUGGAGUUUGUGGAGAAGUUCAGGAUGUUAUUCCCAAAAGGAGCACGUGGAGCUCCUGAGCACAUAACUGCGCUGUUUGAGAAGAUGAAGCUCGACACGUCCACCUACCAAAUAGGAACAACCAAGGUUUUCCUCAAGGAAAAGGAGAGGCAGCUGCUCCAAGACACUCACAACAAAGAGGUGAUGCGUCGCCUCGUCAUUCUGCAGCGCUGGUUCCGGGCUUCUCUCAUACGACAGCACUUUCUGCAAAAGAAAGAUGCCACGCUUCUCAUUCAGAGGAGCUGGCGUGAGUUUUAUGAGAAUCAAAACCAAGCUGCGACCGUGAUCCAGACGGCGUGGAGGACUUCCCUGAAGAGGUCGAGUCAGCAGCAGGGGAAGGUCGAGGGGACGACUCGGCCUGGAAGGAACAGCAUGACAAAAAAAGAGUUCAAGAGGCAGCAAAAGGUGGAGCUGAGCCCCAACCGGACCCAGAAGCUCGACCCCGACAGCAACCAGUCGGCACCGAGGGACCAGAGCCGGGAGAAACGAGACGGCAGAGGAUCCCCCCCGACGCUCACCAGGCCCCACUCCUGCCCUCUGGACCCUAAAGUCCGCGUCGAGGAUUGCUCCACCAGCCCCUCCAGCAGCUCGCUUCAGCGCUACACAGACAUGGAGGGCUUCAAGGAGAAGGCCGAGAAGUGGAAGGAAAAAAAGAGUGAGGGCGAGUCGAGUCCAGAAACAUUCAGGCGAGAUGUACAGGCGGAUAGGGUGGAUGACUUUCACCGAAAAGGGAAAUCCAAGUCUGUCGAUGAACUGUCAAAGAUCAGCUCAUCAGGCUCCGAUAGUUCACCUACCGGCUGUGAGAUUUCAGCAGAACCUGAUGGGGCGAGGUUCAGCCUCCAGCCCAGGACCAGCAACGAGAUCUCACGACAACAGGUGUCGAACCAAUCGCAGCUCACCACUCCUGAGAAGAUCUGGUUUCUCAGCAGAUUCCUCAAGAAACGAGUACCGAAACUUUCCCCGAGCAGUGACUCUCCUACAGUCACCCUGCCCAGCUACACUCCACAUUCCUACCACAUGCCGAGCAACAACAGUGGGAGGCCCGAUCGAAACCCCACCAUUAAAAUCAGCCGCACCACCCGGUCGAUCGAGUGGAACACAUCUCUGGACCGAGAGAUCAGCGACACCAAGGAGCUACGACACCUGGACGAGUUUCUCGGAAACCAGGUCAACGAGCUCCGAACAAGAAUAAAAGAGCUGUCGCAAACAGAGAGCAUCUUCCUGACAGCCACCAUGCAGUUCAGAGAAACCAUCAAAGGCAUGUACUCGUUGGAGAAGCCGAAGAUUGCCUACAAAGAUCUGAUGAAAGGUUACCACAACAAGGUGAACACACUCGCUGGACCCGGAGGGGAGGCUAAAGUCUCCCUGGUGGUCAACCUGUUCCAGUCCGUGCUCGACGGCUUCAUCAGGGGCGAAAAGAAACGAGUCGAGUCCGAACCGCCGAAGGCGCCUAAAGGGACAAAGAAGAGGCGGAAAAAGGAAAAAUGUCUCGACAGUCCUCUGGAUCACCUGUUCAGCACCUACCAGGUAAACAUCAUGCAGUCAUGUGACUUGUGUGGCUCCUACAUCUGGGGGAUGGAGAAAGCGUACAUGUGCAGCGCCUGCAAAUUAAUAUGUCACAAGAAAUGCUUGGACAAAAUCAUCACAGAUUGCUCCACACGCUGCGCCAGACAGGAUGAAAACUUGCCCGGCUCCCUUCACUUUGGGGUGCAGGUGUGUGUCCUCACCAGUAAAGCCAACCCUGUGCCCAAGGUGGUGGAGAUGCUGCUGUUGUAUGUGGAGAUAAACGGCCUCUACACCGAGGGCAUCUACCGCAAGUCGGGCUCGGCCGUUCGAGCGAGGGAGCUUCACCAGAUCCUGGAGACCAAUCCUGAGUCAGCAUGUUUAGAGAACUACCCCAUCCACACCAUCACAGGUCUGCUUAAACGAUGGCUCAGAGAGCUGCCUGACCCCCUCUUGACCUAUUCCCUCUACAGUGACUUUCUCCAUGCUGCAGAGCUGCCUGAGAAGGAUGACAGAAUCCGGGCUGUGUACCAGAAGGUUGAUGAACUUCCUCCUGCUAAUCACAACACAUUGGAGCGGCUCAUCUUUCACCUCGUCAGGGUCGCAAAGGAAGAAGAGCACAACAAAAUGACGCCGACCUCUCUGGCUAUUGUGUUUGCCCCCUGCAUCCUGCGCUCUCCUGACUCUGACGACCCCUUCCUGGGUAUGAAGGACGUGUCCAAGACAACACAGUGUGUGGAGACGCUGAUCCGUGAGCAGUUCAGACGCUACAAUGAGAAGAUGCAGAAUAUCCAGGAGCUGGAAUAUGCCGAGGCCCUAGCUGUGAAUCAGCUGAAACUGAAGAGACAGAACACGGUUGUUGAAAACCCUUCAGAGCUGAAGGUUCCAGAGGCAAUCAACAUUGAUGAAACAGAGAUGACUCUCAUCGAAAGGAUCAAGUCCAUCAAGCAAGAAAAGGUGGACCUGGCCUGCAGGCUACCUGACCUUGAGCAGGAGAACUCCGACAACGACAAUCUGGACUCAUCGUCAUCUUUGAGCUCCGAGAGCCUCGAUGACCCUCUGGGGAGCCUGGAAUCGGAAGGAAAGGUGACCAUGCGAUUGAAAUCGCCGAAACCCGACUGCCCGGUGAAACCUCCUGACCUGGCACAGAGAGUCCGGAGCCUGAUGGCUCAGACCAACAAGUUCACACCGGGACGAGGGACAGGUGUUACCCAGUCCAUGGUAUUCCUGUCGAGCCCAGACAACCCCUCCGCCAACGGGAGCUUUAACAACCUGGACAUCCCUUACAUCGAUGAAGAUGAGGAUCUAACUUGAGCACAACACCACCACCACCAAUAUGUUAGAUUUUCUCAAGUUUGUGUUAACAGAAGUUGUGCACUUUGUUUUAAAGACUUUUCCAUUUGUCAGUGCUGCUAUGGAGACAAAGUGCUUUGAGGACUUAUUUGUAUUUAACGGAGAAACAGUUCCUUCCAGGUUUUUAAUCACAGAUCUGAAAAAGAACCAUCAGCAGGGUCUCAUUCUUGUGUAUCGCUGUAUGUGAUUUUAAACAUAUUUCAGAAUUGUACAGGACGCACGUUUUAGAAAAAGGUCCCUUUGAGCUGUGUAUCAUCUGUAGAGAAGAGAAGAGAAAUGUGACUAGGAGCAAUUUAGGAUUCAAGUACCUCCAUUAUUCACAGACCAUAUUCUGAGCUGACGACUGUGGUGCCAAUGGAUGUGGAGGAGUUGUUUGUGAAAAGAACAAAUAAGUGUACCAAAAAAAAGUUCUAAAAUUGUACAUAAAGUGAUUUUCCAUUGUACAGACUGUAAAAUUGUAUUUUGGGCAUUUGCUGAAUUAUUUGAAACUGAUCAGUUGAGUUUUUUGGGCUUUUCUUUAUACUGACUGCAGUGAGUGAUCCCUGAUUCAACGAACCUACAAAGAUGGUCGUACUGCUGUUAUCCAGACUGAAAAUGUACCCCUCUGUCUUUUUUAUUUCUUUUUCCAAGGCUGUGCAGUGUUCACUAAGUAAACACUUUGUCCAUACAUUAUUUUAUAUGCAUGCAUGUACAUUUUAUAGGGGUUUAGGAAUACUGUUUGUUGUGGUGGAUGUCUUCUAAUUUUGACUCUUGAUUCCCCAAAUGAAAUUCACUGACCAUUUUCCAAGUGUCACUACAUGAACUGAUAAUAAUAACUGCAAUCAAUAAUUCAUCCUUGACAUCAACAAGUGUUUUAAGAGUGUAUGUCAUAUUCUGGUCGGACAUUAGGAUGCAAGUACAUGGUAUCACCCUGACAAACACAUAAUGCACAAAUAAACAGUAAAUGGAAAUUGAAUUAAAUAGCAGAGCCCUAUUUAUAUAUCUAUUAUUUAGAAAAUUGACAAAACAAUUUUGGAAUAUGUUUAUUGGAAUUAAUGCUGUAAAUGUUGACAAGAGACACUGCAAAUAAGUCCAAAGGGAUGAAAUUAAAUCAAAUUAUCCAUAAAAACAAAACAUAAUAUUUAGGAAAAUAGGAUUUAUUGCAGUGCUGUUGACUGUUUAGACUGCACUUGUUUCAGUCAGGUGUUCCUAAUAAACUGACAACUGAGUUGAUGUUAUGGUGAUUUUAUGUUUCAAAGAUUUAUUGCAGAAAUGGGCCAAUGAUUACUAUGUACCUUUUUUUUUUUUUACAAUUCAAAUCCAGAAUGGAUGACUUUUACAUCUAGUAUAAAUAUUUCUACAGUGUGGAAUCACUACUUCAACUUGGAUGACAGAUCUGACUACCUCUCCCACCACUAAUGAAAAGUAGAUCAAGUAAGCACAGUGAAUACAGUAUUAUCGUUAAUGUCUGACAGGCAUCGUCAAGCAAAGCCCUUCUAAAAAUUAUUGGAUCCUUUUAUGUACAAAAUAGUCAUGUUUAAACUAUAACAACACUUUUGUUAUGAUACUGGAGGUUGAGAAGGUUGUGUUGGAUUUUAGUUCUGACGAUCCAAUGUUAAGUGAACAUCUUGGAAGGUUUGUUUUUGUUAUUUUUCUGAUGUGCUUUUUUUUCAAAUAAAGUUUUCUUUUGUCCUGA